CCAAUCAAUCGACUCACAGGCUCCAACAGAUUCUUGUUCGCAAGCCGAGCAAGCACGAGAUCCAAAACUCUAUAAUUCAAGCUCACGCCAUCCGAAACCCUGAUUCAACGUUGCAGCUUCAAUCAGAAAAUGGAGCUUGCCAAGGCCGCUUCGAUUACCGCGCAAGCUCCUGGCCUUGGUCCCUGGAGCAGAAAAUUGGGCGAUGAAAGUUUUCAGUUGAGGUUUCACCGUAAGAAUGGGAAGAAGUCUGCAAGAGUAGCGUUAGUUGUGAGGAUCUCCAGUGAUUCAACCAGCGAUUCAUAUUCAGCCAGCGUUGAAUCUCUGGUCGGCGAUGCUGUCGAAGGCACCGAGGCCGAGGCGGAGGCAGUUUUAGACGUAAGGCCAGGGUUUAGCGCCUAUAAUGUGCUUGCUGGAAUGCCGCUGCCAUUCGGUGCGACGGCAAACGAAGUUGGAGUGAACUUUGCUGUGUACUCUGGUGAUGCUUCGGCGGCCACCCUCUGCCUUUUUACCCUUUCAGAUUUGACGAAGAAUAGAGUUACGGAGGAGAUUCCGCUUGAUCCAGUGAUCAACAAGACUGGGAGCAUUUGGCACGCCUUUCUGGAAGGCAAGUUCAGGGAUAUUGCAUAUGGUUAUAAGUUCGAUGGAAAGUUCUCUCCGGAAGAGGGACUUUACUUCGAUAAUUCUCGUGUUAUUCUGGAUCCAUAUGCGAAGGCAGUCAUAAGUAGAGGUGAGUAUGGUAUCCUUGGAACAGAUGGAAAUUGUUGGCCUCAGAUGGCUGGCAUGGUACCACUUUCAAACAGUGAGUUUGACUGGGAGGGCGACUUGCCUUUACGGUAUCCUCAAAAGGAUCUGAUAAUUUAUGAAAUGCAUGUUCGUGGUUACACAAAACAUGAUUCAAGUAAGGUAGAUUUUCCAGGAACUUACAUUGGUGCCAUACAGAAGCUGGACCAUUUGAAGGAGCUCGGGGUCAACUGUAUUGAGCUAAUGCCAUGCCAGGAAUUCAAUGAGCUUGAAUACUUCAACAGCUCUAUGCAUGGUCAGAACAGGAUGAAUUGCUGGGGCUACUCAACAAUCAACUUUUUUUCACCAAUGUCAAGAUAUUCAUCUGCGGGUACAGCUAACUCUGGUCAUGAUGCGAUCAAUGAAUUCAAAAUGCUUGUUAGAGAAGCUCAUAAACGAGGCAUUGAGGUGAUCAUUGAUAUUGUUUUUAAUCAUACUGCUGAGGGGAAUGAAAAUGGUCCCAUACUCUCAUUCAGGGGCAUUGACAACAAAACUUAUUAUAUGAUUGGACCGAAGGGCGAAUUCUACAAUUAUUCAGGUUGUGGGAACACCUUUAAUUGUAACCAUCCGAUUGUCCGUCGAUUCAUAAAAGAUUGUAUGAGAUAUUGGGUCACAGAGAUGCAUGUUGAUGGCUUUCGCUUUGACCUGGCCUCUAUAAUGACAAGGGCUAGCAGUUUAUGGGAUCCAGUUAGUACAUACGGAAGACAAGUAGAAGGGGACCUAUUGACCAUGGGAACUCCUCUUAGCAGCCCUCCAGUCAUUGACAUUAUUAGUAAUGAUCCAUUUCUCAGAGGGGUCAAGCUGAUUGCUGAGGCAUGGGAUGCGGGAGGCCUUUAUCAAGUUGGUCGGUUCCCUCAUUGGGGAAUUUGGUCAGAAUGGAAUGGGCAGUACCGCGAUGUGGUGCGGCAAUUUAUAAAAGGCACUGAUGGAUUUGCUGGAGCUUUUGCCAAAUGCCUUUGCGGAAGCCCCAACCUAUAUCAGGAGGGAGGACGGAGGCCUUGGAACAGUAUCAACUUUGUUUGUGCACAUGAUGGAUUCACUCUAGCAGAUCUGGUGACAUACAAUAACAAGAAUAACUUUGCAAAUGGCGAAGAUAACCGAGAUGGAGAGAAUCAUAACUUAAGCUGGAACUGUGGCGAGGAGGGAGAGUUGGCAAGCUUAUCAGUUCGAAGGUUGAGGAAACGGCAAAUGCGUAAUUUCUUCCUCUGCCUUAUGGUGUCUCAGGGGGUUCCUAUGAUUCACAUGGGUGAUGAAUAUGGCCACACGAAAGCAGGCAACAACAACACAUACUGCCAUGACAAUUAUCUGAACUACUUCCAAUGGGACAGGAAGGAGGAGGCAUCAUCUGACUUCUACAGAUUCUGCCGCCUCAUGACCCAAUUUCGCCGCGAGUGCGAAUCCCUCCGCCUGAACGACUUCCCCACAGCCAAAAGACUGCAAUGGCAUGGCCACCUCCCCGGCGCACCGGACUGGUCAGGGACGAGCCGAUUUGUCGCCUUCUCACUGAUAGACGCACUGAAGAGGGAGAUCUAUAUAGCCUUCAACACCAGCCACCUGCCGGUGAUCGUCACCCUCCCGGACCGCCCAGGCUUCCGCUGGGAAUCCCUUGUUGAUACAGCCAAGCCGGCGCCCUAUGAUUUUCUAUCUGAUGAUCUCCAUGAUAAGAAAACUGUCACAGAGCAGGUUGCCCACUUCCUAAACUCUAACCUUUACCCCAUGCUAAGCUACUCUUCCAUUAUCCUCCUGCUCUAUCCUGACUCUUAAAAAUCAGAAAUUUAUGUAUAGAUUAGAUGAACAUUUUGUAAGAUAAAAACUCAUAAUAAGAAAUAGCGAGAACUUCUCCUCGUA